CGCCCGCCCUCUGUUUUCCCCUCAACGGCCGCUUCUGGAGGCGUAGGAAAUGGCGGGAGCUGAGGGUGGUGAUGAGGAGCUGCCAGCCUUCGCUGCUCUGCUACAGCCGCUGCCGGCAGCCGGCGGGCCGGCCCUUCUGAGGGCGUCGUUUUCUCCUCCUCCUCUGAGGCGAGGGAGCGGCGUUGAGAUGCUGAGCAGUGACAGCGAGGAUGAAGUAGAGAUCCUUCCCCUGUCUGAGAGGGUCAGCAGGAGGCUGCCGCCCGGCGGGCCGAUGCAGAACGCUGCGGGUCCGGGGCUUCUGCCGGCGGGUGGCGGGGCUGCGGCUGAGCGGGACGGCCGUCCUCGCGGCGGUGAGCGGCUGGCGGCUGGCCGCAGGGAACGGGCUGUUCCAACAGCCUCGCUGUUACCCGAGGGAGGACCUUCCGUCAGCCCCCCUGGCUCUGAGGGGCCGGCGAUCCCUCCGGCUGCCCCUGUGAGUGAGCGUACGGCCCGGCCUGGGGGGCCUCUGGAAAGUGGAGAAAACGCAGAAGCUUCUCCUCCUCCGAAAAAGCCGAAGUACGGCCGGGAGGAAGGGGAGGCGAUUUGCCAGGCGGCCUGGAAGAGGAGGAAGGAUCGGGAAGCGAGGAAAAGGCGGCAGGAGGAGGAAAGAGAAAGAAAGAAGAACCUCGCCAAAGUGCUGAGAGCUCAGCGGCCGGGGGAGUGCCAGAAAUACAUCGCUGUGGUGCUGGAUCCAGUUCUCUUGCAGGUUGAAGGUGGGGUGCAGAUCCGCGCUGCUUUGCAGUCUGCAAAUUAUUCCUGCGUGGUUGAGAGCCAGGCUGUUCCCUGCAGCAUUACCUGGAGGAGGAAGUCAGUGUUAUCUCAGGCUGAGGACAGUAAUGAAUGGACAGAAGAGCCGAAUCUCCUGGUUCUGCUUGGCUUGGAAGAGUUCUUGUCCAUGGUUCGUAACUACAAGCAAGAGGCCCAAGGCUGCACAGAGCAGAAGGAGACCUUACAGAGCUUUGUAGCUCAUGUGAUGGAAAAGAUGCCUGGGAAAAUUCUGGCUCUAACAGUUGUUGAAGUAGAGAAAUAUUUCAGGUGUCUCAGAGCUCAGUCAAAAAAGAGACUGCAACAGGUAACAGCAAAUGGGAGCCAGGCAGAAGACAGGGGAGGCCAGAGGCAGAAACGGGUUAAGGAUCCUGGCCUGGAGAUCAGCAGACUGGAUGUGGAAGAUGCCUUGGUGGAUUUGCAACUCUGCACACGUGUCCAAGUCACUUUUUUUGAGAGCUGGGAGGAACUCGGAGAGUUUGCCACCAUGUUUACAAAAGCUGUAGCUGAAGCUCCAUUCAAACGAGAGCAGCAGAAUACAGGAUUCUCUUUCUACUUAGAGAACAAGUGGUGCAGAGGCGUGAAAGUGGAACCUUCUGGAAAGGGCCUCUUUGAAGUUUGGAAGAGGCAGAUCCAACAGUUUAACCGGGUCAGUGGGGAGAUGGCUGAGGCUGUUGUGUCUGCGUACCCUUCUCCUCAGCUGCUGGUCCAGGCCUACAGCAGGUGCUCCUCAGAGCAGGAGCAGCAGAACAUGCUGGCUGCCCUCCCUGUGCGCCGCGGCACCGGGGUGACGGCAACCUGCCGCCGUGUCGGGCCCGAGCUGUCCAGGAGGAUCUGUGUGCAGAUGACUUCCCACGACCCUGAUCUGUGCCUGGAUGUCUCUGGAUAGCCCAGAUGAGCGAAGAUCCUAUGGUCUCUCUGGUUGUAUUCAUCUUCCUUCUGGGAAAAGGCACGGAGGUGACAAGUGGGCUCCUGGAUCGCAGCUUAAAGGCUUGAAGCACUUUUGGUCUCUAUCAUUAGAAGGAAAUUGGAUCCAAUUGCUGAAUGGCUGGCGUUUACACAGAAAGCUGUGGAAUGUCUUCCAUGAAGCAUGAACUGGACAUGCCUUACGGCACUGGUGGUGCUUUUGUUAUUUGUCAAGAGUUCUUCCAAGGGAAUAAAUCACUUUCUGUAAUAA